CCCCGGGUCCCGAGCCCCUUCCUCCUGGAGGGCAGUUUUGGGGAGGCUGAGGCUGCAGGAUUCCGGGCCCUGGGUCCCGAGCCCCCUCUCCUCCUGGUGGUCCACGAGGGUUCCGGGGGUGCGGGGGUCACGACCUGGCCCUGGCCUGGCUCGACCCCCUGCCCGGCUGGGCCCCUGCGUGGGCACCUGCCUGCCUGCCCUCCCACCACCCCUGCCCUUCGGGAGCCCCUGCUGGGUCACGGGGUGGGGGCACCUGGCCGAGAACGUGUCCCUCCCCGCUGGACCCCUCCCAGAAGGUGCCCCUGGACCUGCUGAGCCCCCCAUCUGUAACUGCCUCUACUCGGCCCUGAGCAGGAGGGACCUGCAGAGCCCGGCCCGGCCCGGCAUGGUCUGUGCUGGGGGGCCCAGGGGGCCGGGGGCCUGCCAGGCGGACUCGGGGGGUCCCAUCUCGUGCGGGGGGGGUCCCGGGGGGGCUCCCUGGGUGCAGGUUAGGGUGCUGAGCUUCUCCUGGGCUGUGCCGCCCAACGGGCCCGUGGUGGCCGCGGGGCCUGGGGUCCCACUCGAGGUGGCUCCGGGCGCCGCCUCCCCGAGGCCUUCGCGCCCCCGGGCCCCAAAACCGGGCAUGGAGGACGGGAAGUGCUUCGGCUGUGGGAUGAUGGGGGGUCCCCCCCUGACGCCCCCCGAGGGUCCCUCCUGGCCCUGGGGGGUUUCCCUGCUGAGGGGGGGGCGGCGCCGCUGCGGGGGGGCCCUGGUGGGAGAGGGCUGGGUGAUGACGGCGGCUCACUGCUUCAUUGGGUGA